AACCCUAAUUUCAAACUCCAUUCCAAAGCAAAACAAAACCCUUCUUCUCUAUUUCUCUUUCCAUUUCCAUGCCCAUGCCAACUUCUUUCUUCCUCGCUCUCCUAUUCUUGUCGACUUUUUUGCAUGCAUGCGAUGCUCGUCUUCUUAAAUUAUGCCAUAGCUCGAGGCUCGAAUCGUGUUUGAUCUCUCCAGGGUUUCGAACGAAUCAACUAGAGAGAAGUUUGGACGAAAGCAAAAGUAACGACGUUUCUUCCAUGGAGAAUGUUGGGAUUGAAAUAUUGAAGGGAAUGAAGAAGCUUAGAAGGUUGGCAAUGGAGCUUCCAGUGAGAGACAGAGACAGAGACAAAGACAUAGACAAAGUGGUGAACUCCGAGGAAAACGAGGUUGGAGAAGACAUGGUCGUGAUGGAUUAUGCACAGCCCCACAGGAAACCUCCUAUUCACAAUCAAAAACCCUAGCUCACAAUUUAAUAUGAUCUCUUCGAAAUUUCCUAUGAUGUUCAAAAUAUGUUCCAAAAAUCAAUGUAUUGUAUGUAAGGGUUUACUAUAUUCAAGAUUUUUGUGUUAAAUAAAAGCAUGGAUUAAAGAUA